AUGGAGACUGAAAGGAGAGGAGAAUACGAGAAUCAUAAUAUUGCAUCGUUCGAGACAAUCAGACAAUUGGUCAAAUCGCAGAGAAUUAUUCGGGAUAGAUUGAGGAAAUAUGACGGAGAACCACACGUUGAGAGAAUUAGGGUGGGGAGUAGAGAGCACAAGACAUUUGAAGACACGAAUAGACAGCUGUUUCCUAUAGAGGAUCCCGAAAGUCCAUUUAUCGAAAACAAUAUGUGUACUCCGACAGCCAAAGAUGCGCGUAAAGAAAUGUUUUUAUCGACGUAUCCCCGGACGUUGCCAUCCUUGGCAAUGAUAUCAUCGAAUUCCUCCUCGUCCAAGAGCACACCGUUGGGUUUACCAAUAACGACCAAGUCACUGUCACAACAACGCAUGUCUCCACAGGUACAACCACAUAAUUCACUAGCGUCGCUGCCGAAAUCUUCAUCAUAUCCCCAUAAUUCCCUAGUAUCGAUGCCAAAAUCUUCAUCACAUGCCCAUAAUUCAUUUGCAUCGUUGCCAAAAUCUUCAUCACCGUUCCCUGAAUCAACAUCAUUAGCUAAAACUACUUUAACACACCACGUAAAGUCAUCUCGCUUACGAACAACUCCAUCAAUCGUCAAAAGCAAUUCUACGGCUUCCCAGCAAUCUCUCUUAUUUGCAAAUCUGCGUGCUCAACGACAAUCGCCUUUUCCGCCUCAUGAGCGAGUUCAAAAUUGGCUUGCUUGUCUUCCUCAAACGUUCCUGGCUCCCGACACAGAGUCUGAAGCUGAUGAUGUCUCACUAGAUGACAUACCGUCGGAAGGAUAUUCAGGUUCCUCAGAAGCUUCACAGAAUGAAGUUCAUACUGGGAAUGCGCGAACAUUAAGUGAUCUUCUUGCCCGCAUCCGAGCAAGGAAUACAGCCAUCGAUCAAGAAGCUGGCUCGACAGACCAGCGUCAUCAACAGGAUUUAGAUAUCGUCCACAAUGCUGUCAACGAUUUAAUACAAAAACGAUCAGAUUUUGAUGUGCGAGAAGAGACAUUGAACAAAAAGCAGAAGAAAGUCGAAGACCUUCUUAGAUCUGUUUCUGGAAAGGGCAAGUCUAAAGAUAAAUUUUCUAUAAUAUGUCAGUCAGCUGAUAAGCCUGCUUUAUCACAACCAAAAAGUAUCGAUUCGCUAUCUAGUGAGUUAGCUGCAGCUUUAGAGGCAUUACAAAACGUCGAGAAGUUUCUGUCUAAUAAAGAGAAAAGGUUGAACGAGACGUGGGAUCUUGCAAAGAAAAUGCUCAACAGGCGGUCAGACAUGGUUGCUUGGGAGGAAAGGUUGAGGAAAAACCAAGAAAUUGUUAAUAAGAUGAUUGAAAGAAAGAAGACCGAUGAGAACAAUACGGUUGCCGGCAAUGAUGGCGAUGACUGUGAGGAUGACGCGACAAAGGGAAAAGACGCAUGUGACUAUGGCGACAUAAGGCAUGGAAUUGGGCGGGUUGGACUAUUGGGCACUGAAUGA